AUGGCUUCUGCUAUUGAAACAAUAUCAAAUCUUUCAAGCGUUAAAGUAUUAGCUGAUCACCAGCGUCUACAACUAAUGCAGGACCUUGGGAAAGCUUGCCAAGAGUGGGGAUUUUUCAUGGUGGUGAAUCAUGGCAUCCCGGAAGCGCUGAUUGAGGCAACAACAGCGGUGGUUGACGAGUUCUUCGAUUUGCCGGAAGCGGAGAAGAUGGAAUAUCAGACUAAGCAUGUUAUUAGACCCCAUCAGAUAUGGAACCAGCUUUAA